CAAACAUAUACUCAGUGUCUUUCUUUUCUUCGUCUCUCAAUAAGCUCUCUGGCCUCCCUAUCCUUCCCUAUCAUCGUUUAGAAGGAGGCCUGCUAGUUGUAUCCUACAACUUUGCUUCGGAGCUCCAUUGGUGUCGGAGUUGAUAAUCGACUUCCCAUCCUUUGCAGAAGAGCACUGAGGAAGCCUAUCCAGAGAUCCAGGAGGUGAAUUCAGGAUCUGUCGUAUACGUCAGGGAAGAGGCAGUGCAACAUGGCAUUCAUACAGAAAGCGAUUUUCGCAGUGGUACUCCUUGCGGUGUCGCUGCAUCGACAAACAGAAGCAGCCACUCACAUAGUUGGAGGUGUGUCAGGGCCUGGCUGGACGUUUCAGACCUCGAAUCCCACUUUUUACGACACAUGGGCCUCACAAGAGACUUUCGCAGUUGGCGACGUCCUGGUGUUCAACUACGCCUCGACUCAGCACGAUGUACUAGAAGUGACCGGGGCCGAUUUAUCAACAUGCACAGUGCCAGAUAGCCCAAUUGCUUUAAACAAAACAUCGAAUGGAGGAACUCUCACUAUCUCCACAUCUGGGACUCAUUAUUACAUCUGUGGAAUUACCCAGCACUGCCCGAGUGGCAUGAAAAUGACUUUGACAACAGCAGGCUCCCCCCCAGCACCCCCUGUAGCAUCGUCACCACCUGCAGCUACUCCUCCGAGCAACAAAUCGGAUGCAGCGUCCAUAAAGUCUACCCUCUUUACCUUCAACGUAAUGGUGGCAAUCGUACUUGCCGUAGUCUCGAUUACAAUCCUCUAGGCCAAGGCGAUGAAAAUUUUUCGGGCGCUUCUUAUUCGUUGUUUGGAAUUUCGUUCUUCUACCCGUUGCAAUCUGAAGUGAUUUCUUUCUCUUAUCGGGGACAAAGACUUCCAAAUGUAUCACAUCCAUUGAUAUGUCCCUAUCACACAUACUCAUGUUCUUUUGAAGCAUAAUACAUCGGGUAUUCGAGAAAAAUAAAUUGGUGUGGA